AUGUCUGUGAAAGCAGCAGCAAGCUCGAUUCCCAAGGCAGUAAAGGCAGGUUUGGUACUUUCUCGUGUUCCAAUCGUCACUCCAGAAUUGAAUGCACUAGAGAACAAGUACUACCAAUACCAGGCAGAACUGGAAAGAAGACUAAUGUGGACAUUUCCAUCUUAUUUCUAUUUCAAAAAAGGUACUUUGGCAGAGCGUCGUUUCCAGUCUGUACAGAAAGGUGUGAUUAGCAAGCAGCCUGGUGUAUGGUUCCCUAAAGGAGUGCCAGACGUCAGACAUAACAGAGAAAGAAGUCAAAAGCAAGAUAUUAUGCUACCAAGAGAGGCUUCAGAAGGUUCAAACAAGUCUGAUGUCUCAAGGCCAAUUGUUCCUAAUUCCAGAACUACAAAGGCAGACGAAAAUAACGAUAUUACUAGUUUAGACAGAAAAUUGGACAGAACUCUGCAUUUGCUUGUGAAGGAUGACAAGGGAAGCUGGGUUCUUCCAAGUUUCCCGGUUGAUAUUGAAGCUAAGGAAGGAAAGAAAGCUUUACAUGAGACCGCUGAAGUGGGAUUAAGAAAAAUCGGCGGAGAAGAUAUUAAUACAUGGACUGUGUCGAAUACUCCAGCAGGUGUUCUACAAUCUGAAAAAGAUCUCCAGUUUUUGAUCAAAUCGCAUAUCAUAGCAGGUGAAUUCAAGUUAAAGGAUGAAAAGUCAAUCAAAGAAUUUGCAUGGUUGACAAAAGAUGAAAUCAAGAAAGCUGUUGACGAGAGAUAUUUCAAUAGUAUACAAUAUGUUCUUGCUGAGAAUUAA